UUGCCAUUGAUCAGAAAAUAUUUUGAAUUUACUUUAAGUCAUAACAACAUCAACUCUAAUGUAACUGAUUAGUUAUUACUGCUAGUGCAAAUACAAAACACAUAUGUACUCACUUCAUGACAGCUAAUAGUUAUGGAUUUUUAAUCAGUAUUCUGUGCUAUUACUUUGAUUACUCAUUAUUUAAUAUUUGAGCCAUCUCGUAAUAAUAAGUGGUCCGUAAAAAGCGAGUAACUUGAAAACCAUUUUGACCAAAUUCAUACUUGGGAUCGCUGAUGCUGCAAAUCGUUUGUGUUAAUUAAACCGUCAGCCUUCUGAGCACUGCAAUAUACAAGCAAAUUAUAAAAAACUGAUCCACAAUUUGUGUUGUGUUGAAUUCUUGUGAAUGGUGAAAAAAUGGAGAAAUCCAUUUCUGUUGAUAGUUCCUAUCAGUGUAUUGAUGAAAAACCUGUAAUUUCUUCGAAUGAAGAUUCAUUAUGUCAUGGAGAAGUUGGGGUGAAAUCUGAAAAUAUGAAUAUUAAAGAAGAGUUUGAAGUUAGCAAUGGAAUAUAUGACCCAAAUAUAAAUAUUUAUAAUGAAGAAAUAAGUGAUCUGAAGCCAGUUAUUGAUUCAGAAAAAACUGAACAAGAGGAAUGUGAUGAAUUAAGUGAUCUGAAGCCGGUUGUUGAUUCAGAAAAAACUGAAGAAGGGGAAGAGGAAUGUGAUGAAGUGAAUGGUAAUGAAAAUUCAGUCCGUUCAAAGGAUAAUAAGUGUCAAUUUUGUGAUUUUUCUACAAAUUGGAAACGUUCGCUUAGAAAUCAUAUUGAAGCAGUCCAUUUGAAUCUGAAGCAACAUAAAUGCCUUUUAUGUGACUAUGGUGCUAAUUCAAAACAUCGUCUUAAACUUCAUAUAGAAUCUAUUCAUAUGGAUAUGGAGAAAAAAUAUAAGUGCGAAUUAUGUGAUUAUAAUACAGAAUGGAAUCUCUCCCUGAAAAGUCAUAUAGAAUCAGUUCAUUUGAAUCUAAAGAAACAUAAAUGUCACCAAUGUGACUAUGCUGCAAAUAGCAAACUUGGUCUUAAAAGACAUAUAGAAUCCAUUCAUUUGAAUUUGAAGCAACAUAAGUGCCACCUAUGUGAAUAUGCUGCAAAUAGUAAAGUAUAUCUAAAAAGACAUAUUGAUUCUGUUCAUUUGAAUUUGAAGGAACAUAAAUGUGAAUUAUGUGACUUUGCUACACACUUGAAGUAUUACUUGAAAAAACAUGUAGAAUCUGUUCAUACGAAUUCAAUUAAGUAUAGGUGUCACCAAUGUGAUUUUACCUCAGAUUGGAAAACUUCCCUCAAAAACCAUGUUGAUUCUGUUCAUAUAAAUCUGAGGACACAUAAAUGCGAAUUGUGUGACUAUGCUUCUAAUACGAAAUAUUUCCUCAAAUUGCAUGUAAAUUCUGUUCAUUUGAAUAUCAAAAAACAUAAGUGUACCUUAUGUGAGUUUGCUUCAACCAGAAAAGGCGAUUUGAAAACUCACAUAAAUCGGGUACAUUUGAAACUGAUAGACGAAACGAAAAAAUGUAGCUUAUGUGAUUAUGUUGCACAUUCAAAAAGUUAUCUGCAACGACAUAUAGAUACUGUACAUUUUCAUAAAAAGCUACAUAAAUGUACCCUAUGCGAUUAUGCUACUAACAGAAAAGCCAAUUUCAAAACUCAUACUGAUACGGUCCAUAUCAAUUUGGAGGAAACUAAAGAAAUUUCAACAAAUCUCUGAAAGGGAAUUUCUCUUACUGUUUGAGAAGUAGAAGUUUUGUAUGUUCCAAUAUGUGUCUAAUAAAACAGAUGUUUCACUAUGUAAUUAUAAAGGAAAUAAUGAACAAGUUUCACUCCAUUCUUUUACAACGUGAGACCGAUAUUUCCCAACUUAAAUUAUAACUUGCAAAGAGAUUUUUUUAUCAACGUCUGAUUAGUCUUUGCCAAUAUUGAUAUUGUAUAAUUUAAGUAGUAGUAGUAAUAAUUCUUUAUUGCUCAUAAAAAAACAAAUGUCCAUUGACCUAAGGUCCUUCAGCCUCACUUUAAGAAUAUUUUGUGUAUUCUUUAACUGAAUCGUUCAGAUUAACUUGUGCCUUAUCACAACCAUCAAAUAAAAGUACUAUCUAUUCAUUUUAAUGACUGUAUUAAAGAAUUAUUGU